GUCAAAAGCAGACAUAUACAAUAUAAUAAUUACAUGCAAAAUGUCAGGGAUACUAGACCGAUCUUAAUAUUCAAGAAACGAUAGACUAUAAUUAACAGUCCGACGAGGAGGUAGAUUCUAUAUUAGGUAGACGGAAAGUAACUUUCUUUACCGAUUCCAAUUUUUAUUAUAGAUGACUCAAAUACGUAUAAAUGUAUACACAUAUAAAAAUACGUUAGAUGGUACACAUAUAAAAAAAAAAAUGAAUAUAUUUGAAUUCUUGAUUCUUCUCGUUGUCGAUUAUUAUUAAUUAUAUAAAAAUGAAUGUAAAAUGAAAUAAUGAAUAUUAAUUUAUGAAGUAUCAUGUAUCGAUCAAUUACGAUUCACAGAUUGUUCGAUAUCGGUAUCCAGGUGAAAGUGUCUUUGUAUAUUUGAAAUUAUAUACUUUGAAUGCUACUCACGUUUUAUUUCGACCGCUUCCGUGGUAUAUAACUCCCCACGAUAUAACUUUUCAUUCAAAUAUUGUCUCGAUUUUUGUUACUGUCAAGAUCGGCGUCUUCUUCUUUAACUUUGAUAUCGCGAUGUGGAAAUAUACAAUACUCUGUAGCUUAUUAUGCAGCUUGGUAGCAAUGGAAGCACCUGUGCAAGGUGGUAUAAAGCCUACAAACGUUUUGGGUGGACCGGAACAACACGCUUCUUUUAGUUUUGUCAGGCCAGGAUUAACUCAAACAUCAUUUUCCUUCGGUGGUCCGAGCUCUUAUCAAUCCUUUAGUUCGAGUAUUGGAAAUCCUCAAUUAGCUCAAAGAGUAUUGCCGAGUCUGGCACAGGCUCUUGCUUACAAAAAUCCUGGUUUGGGCUUUUUUCCGUUUGGACCUGUCUCUCAUGGUUAUGCAACUGCAUCAAUAGCCCCAGGUCUUUCUGCCUCUGGUCCUGCACCUUUACCGUAUCAAGCACAAUUUGAUCAGGGAGCUGCAUUGGCGUAUCUUCAACAAUUGCAACAAUUGCAACAAUUGCAACAAUUACAACAAGCGCAAGUACAAAAUUAUCCGAAUGUCGUUUAUCAAGGACAAUUGGGACAGCUUCUUGCUCUCAGGCAAGCUCAGGCGCAAGCGCAAACUCAAACUCAAGCUCAAGCUCAAACUCAAACUCAAGCGCAACAGGUCCAAACGCAACAGCUCCCGGAGCAAAUUCAACUUCAGCAAGAACAUGUACAACAACAGCAACAACAUCAAUCGCAAAACUUAUUGGGGGUUGCUUAUUCGUCGGCACCUUCUGUAGCACACGUCAAGGUCAGCGGAAAUGGAUACAAAUUCGAUUUUUAAAGAACAUGAUUCGGCAUCAUCCUUUGUAUAUACUUAGUAAAUCAGUGUUUGAAAUGUCAUAUUUUAUUUAAUAUUAUGCAUGUAUUUAUUUAUGGAUGUAAAUAUAGUAAUAUUUGUAAUUAAUUCAUACAAAUUUUUUAUUUACAAAAA